CCCCUUGUCCCUCGCGGCUGCAGUCUGUGCCGGGGAACAAGCAGGGGGAUGGGCCCACAGCCACGCAGGGGUUCCGACGGUCCAGCAGUCCGACAGACAGCAGGAUCCGAACUGGAGGGAAGGAAUCUGCUAGAGAACAUUAUCAGACCAGUUCGAGUUAUUUCACAAAAGGUAAAACCCCACAAAAGUUCUUCGCUGACUUGGAGCGCAGUAAAGAGGCUCUCUGCAACCAAAACAGGAUGUCGGACCUUCCAGUCAAUGACCACCUCGCAGGGAUCUUAUCUGAUUUUGAAGCACUGAAGAGAUCAUUCGACGAUGAAACUGUGGAUGACGUGACGUCUGUCGCCUCAGCUUCCUCUGUGUCCACCCCCAUUCCCCCCUCUUCCUCCUAUUUCAUCCUUAACCACAAUAAACCCAGCAUGGAACAGGGUCAAGGUGGCCAGUCUCCAUCUGUUGUCGUCAGCAACAAGAGCAUGAGUUCGUCAGUGCACUCCCAUACAUGCCUGAGCUCAAGUCUCAGCCCCAUCCUCAAUACCCAUGCUGUAGGCAGCAGCUUGUCCUUCAACAGAGGAACUAUGAACAGGCCAAUAAUCUCCAACAAUAGCUCCUCUGUGUCCAGAGCUGCUUCCUUCCAAAGCAGGUUAAACCCCAACUUUUGCUUAAAACUGUCAGGGCCUGGCAGUGACAAUGACAGCCUUUACAGAUCUACAUCCAGCUUGGAGUACUCCAGUGGUGGUGGCUAUAUCAUCCCAGCUAACAAGUUGACAUCCUAUCACAGCCCCCCACCUCAGAGGGAGUACAAUGGAUCUAAGCUCAACUGGCCACAACAGCAUGAAGCAAAUAUGGAGAAGUUCUCCCAUGGGAGUGUUUUCAAAUCUGAGGUGAGCCAAGGGCCCAAGCAGAUGCUGGAUAUUGGAGAGCCUCAGGUGCUAAACCAUGGCACAAUGUCAAUUCUUGACUUCCAACUUCCAGGAGAAGGGAAACUAGGAAUUUCAAGAGAUGGUGGUGAAGGCAAGAUAUCUCCAGGAAUGAAGUAUGUUGAUGCCAAUUCUAACUGGUGUGGUCUGCAUAGUGGGUAUUCUUUUCAAGAAUGUGGAUCCCAACAACUGCUUCGGACCAUCAAGAAUCCUCAGUCCAAACCCAAAGAAACUCCACGUCUCGGCAAGUUCCCUUUGGAUCUGGACAGCUUAGUAAGCAACAUCUCACCAACCCCCCCUGCCAAGCUAGAGGUGGGAUUGAUGAGCCCUAAGGCUUCAAUCCGUUCCCAGCAGAGCAUAAGCUACCUUCAGAACCACCACCCAAGCCCUUCAUCUACAACUGCCAGCCCUUCAGCCUCUCUCAGCAGCCUAGACAGUUCUUCUGACACACCAGUUCAACCCUAUAGCUAUCAACGUUCACCCAUAUCUCCAAGUUCUCCAGUUCCUUCACACCAUUCCAUCACUAUUCCAGUAAUGAGUUGCUCUCCUGUAGCCCUUUCCUCACCUGAGAACCUUCAGAUGGAUAAUUUGUCACAAUCCCAGGUUGUACACAUGGUCCCCAAUCUCCAAAGGCAAUUUAGUUCUUCCUGCACCUCUAGCUCCACAGCGAUUGAAUCUUUGGAAGAUGGUGAAUGUGAUGAAAAAGAUAAUGUGGACCUAAUCUUACAGAGGAUUGCUUUGUUCUCUUGGCCUGCCACAAUCGACACCACCACAGGAUCUGCAGUCCGUAUUCCCAUACCUAACCAAACUACUAAUGGGUUGUCAUCUAUGUCCAGCUGUCCCACUGAGACCAGAACCAUGAUAAAGGAGAGGAACAAGAAACAUGGAGAAACUGCUGAAAAGUUGCUGAAAGACCCACCAACCCUGAUGGAGGAGAGAGGGGAGAAGGAGAGUGUAAUCAUGGCAGAGGAGCAAGUGGAUGAAGGGAAGAACCAUGAACACCAAAAAAUCCAGACCUCCAAGUCAGAAAAAGAGCACUGUGUGGAGGGCCAUACAGAGCCAGAGGAGACUGGGAAGGAGAAGGGAAUGAGAAUCGAGGAGACAAAGAAAGAGUCAGAUCUGAAGACAGCGGUCCAGCUGGAGCUUUCCCAGUCUGCUUCAGGCUUCCAGACUGGCUUCAUCCAAGGAACCGACUUGUUUGGUUAUGUGGGCAUUGAGGCAGUGCUGGACCAGAUGAGGCGGAAGACCAUGAAAGCUGGCUUUGAGUUCAACAUUAUGGUGGUUGGUCAAAGUGGUUUGGGGAAGUCCACGCUUGUCAACACCCUGUUCAAGUCGAAGGUCAGCCGGAAGUCAUGCACACCUAACUACGAAGAGAAAAUAUCCAAAACAGUCAAACUGCAUGCAGUCAGUCAUGUGAUUGAAGAAAAAGGGGUUAAGAUGAAGCUGACAGUGAUCGACACUCCUGGGUUUGGGGACCAGAUCAACAAUCAGAACUGCUGGGAACCCAUAGUGAAGUAUGUCAACGAGCAAUAUGAGAAAUAUCUGAGAGAGGAGCUGAACGUCAACCGCAAGAGAAGAAUACCUGACAGCAGAGUUCACUGCUGCAUCUACUUCCUCCCUGCAACCGGACACAGGCUGCGUCCUAUUGAUCUAGAGUUCAUGAACAGAUUGGGGAAGAUUGUGAGCAUUGUCCCUGUCAUCGCCAAAGCAGACACACUCACCGUGGAGGAAAGACAGGAAUUUAAAGAAAGGAUAAGGCAAGACUUGACAUCCAAUGGAAUUCGUGUUUACCCCCAGAGAGAGUAUGAUGAAGAUCCAGAGGAUCGCAUCCUCAACGACAGAAUCAGGGAAUGCAUUCCCUUUGCUGUUGUGGGAACUGACAAGGAGCACCAGGUGAAUGGAAACAAGGUGCUGGGCCGGAAGACAAAGUGGGGAAUCAUUGAAGUUGAAAAUGCGGCACACUGUGAGUUUGCAAACCUGAGAGAUCUUCUUAUCAGGUCUCACCUGCAGGACCUGAAGGAUGUGACCCACAACAUCCACUAUGAGACCUACCGUGUACGACGACUCAACGAGAGCAACAUGAACUUCGGUGAGCUGGUUCUGUCCAACUGGCCCCUGAAGAACGGGACUGACACAUGUGAAACAGAAAGCCAACUCUGAUCUGUCCUUUAUCAACACUUUCCUGCUGUGCAUUCACUAAAGUGCACAUGUUUGUCCUCACCUCACAGUGAAAUAUGGGAGAGAGAAGUUUAUUUUUUUCUGCAAUGACAAAAAAUGGGAUGGAGAAACCAUUUUUUAACAAUGGGACCCAGUAGUGGAAUACUUUGUCUAUGAGAAAUAUUGGAGUUUUUAUAUAACAUAGAAAAAAAGUGUUGCAGCUAGAUGUGUUUGAUGGUGAGGUCACAUUUAUUUCCUGGAGGGAUGGUGAUCUGUUCACAUCAGGGGAUGCAGGCAGUACAAACAACUCAGUGGGACAGAGGUGAGGUAGGAUUAAUUUAGGCUGUAGUUAAAUGUCAGCUGGACGAUCAGGUGUCCACACACUUUGUUACAAUGUUCACAAACACGUUGGCCUUGCAGUGUGGAAUUAAGCUCGGUUCAGAUGUUGCAGGAUGUAAACACUGGUAAAUAAAGCAUUAGAUAGAACCUCCUGCUGUGCCAAGAAUUUACCGUUUUCUUCCCUAUAAACUAAGAGUUUUUAAUCUGAUAAAUGAUGCUGUUAUUUACUCGUGGUUUGAGCUGCAUGUUUAAAAAGAGGAUUGACAUUAUUUCCUAAAUUUGAUCUGUUAAUCAUAGAGCCAACUAACCGUGUAGAAUACAUACUAAAAGAUUUAACUGUCUGAUUCAGUUUUCUUAAUGUUGUUUGUUACAUUUCAUCAUUUGCUAACUGUGUUGACUUGUCCACACUGGAUAGAUCUGGGAACUGACUCUGUGAGGGUAUUCAAAUAUACUUCUUUAGAGCUUGCUGUCCACAUUAAAGUGCCAAAAUAACAGAAAAUAAUCACAAAUUUCAACUGUCUUUCAACUUAAAGUGUAACUUUACAGAAAUAUUUAAAAAUCAAAUCUUUGUUCAUGCUGGUUCAUUCAUCAGUUCAACACGAACAGACUUCUAUCAGAAGCUUUGCUCAGUCCACCACCCAGUGGAGAAAAUGAGAAGCGCAAUUAUUAUAGAGAUGAUUUCUGUCAAAAACAAUCCAACCCUGGAACGAUAACAGAACAGGUUUUAUGCUUAGUAUACAUCAUCUGAAAGGGUUUUACUAUCUUUCCCCUGUUACAUUUUCCACAUUUAGUGAGACGUGUUUGUGUUCCUACUGAGACAGAAUAGAUGUAAAGCACGUAGCAUCAAAACUAAGUAUGUUAAAUAAAAAAGGGCUGCCUUUUCUAACAUUUCUGAGCAAUGAAACACUUGGUUUGACCAAAACUGAAAGCCUUCAAAUUAAUAAAAAAAAACAUUUAAGAAUUAGAUGUCACUUUUUACAUACUUCAUGAUUUCUUCAACAGUUUGGUCAAUUUAUCAAAACACAACACAAACUUAAAUUGGUAAUCUGUUGUUUUCUUCGAAUACACACACAUAGAUUGAGUUACAUUUUAUACACAGAACCUUCUACAUCUACUUGAUAGAUGUAGAAGUACAUACAGAGCCUUGCAAAUGGUGUUGAAUUUUUCACAUUCUAACACUUUACACACUUUAAUGUACUUUAUUGGCAUUUUACAUUACAAACCACAUUAAAGUAAUGCAUAAAUGUGAAGUGGAAGGAAAAUGAUAACUGGUUGUCAAUAUGUUUGUUUUAGAAAUAAAAAUCUUAAAAGUG